AUGUUUUCAUCAAUAUUAAGACAAUCUACAAGAGGUCUCAUAAAUACAUCCAUAGCGUCGACUAGACCUACUGCUUUUUCAAGUCCACUUGCAAACUCAUUAAUAUCAGUUUCUCCAUUGCAAUCAGUUGUUGGGCUCAUGCAACAAAGAUUCAAAUCCAGAGGUAACACAUAUCAACCAUCCACUAGAAAGAGAAAGAGAAAGUUUGGUUUUUUGGCUAGACUUAGAACUGUUGGUGGUAGAAAAGUUAUUGAAAGAAGAAAAGCAAAGGGAAGAUGGUACUUGAGUCAUUAA